AUGCCAGGCUAUAAGAACCAGAGCAAUUAUCCUCAGUACGCCCCUGUGUGCAGCUACCACGCAGGAACCUUAGGAAAGCCAAGUGACCUGACUCUCAAAAUCUACAGAGCAGAGUCCUAUGCUGGCCUCCAGGAGUUUAAAGCAGCCAUAGAGGAUCUAAAUGCAGUUCUCUUUCAGCUUCCAAACUGGCCCGAGGUCUACUUCAGGAAAGGGAAAGUCCUCCAGGACGCCGGGUUCCUGGGCGAUGCCUUACAGCUCUUCCUCCAGUGUUUAGCCCUGGAUGAAGACUUUGCACCUGCAAAACUGCAAGUAGAAAAGAUUUUGUGUGACUUAUUGUCGCCUGAAAACUUAAAGGAAGGUCUGAAGGAGUCUUCCUGGAGUUCAUUACCGUGUAUUAAAAACAAAUCUUUUGGAUGUCCUUCAGUAGUGGAAGAGCCUCACUCUCCUGGUGAGCUGAUGCGGAAGCAGCCUCAAGAACGACCAGAGGACGACCCAGAGCCUGUCAAAGGAAGCUUAAACCGUGCUCAGUCAGCACAAGCCAUCAAUGCAGCAGUGGCAGUGCCUGCCAAAGAAGACGGCUUAAAGCGGGUGUCCUCAGAGCCUCUGCUGUCCGCUCAGGGAAAAGGUGUUCUGCUGAAAAGAAAGCUGUCUCUCUUAGAACAGGACACAAUUAUUAAUGAAGACGGGAGGAAUAAGCUGAAAAAGCACGGUGAAUCUCCCAAUGAAGACUGUGUGUUUUCAUUAGCUUAUGGUGACAUCCCAGAAGAAUUAAUAGAUGUCUCCGAUUUUGAAUGUUCUCUCUGUAUGAGGUUGUUUUUUGAGCCAGUAACAACCCCUUGUGGACAUUCAUUCUGUAAGAAUUGUCUUGAGCGAUGUUUAGACCACACGCCAUAUUGUCCGCUCUGCAAAGAGAGCUUAAAAGAGUAUCUGGCAGACAGGAGGUACUGUGUCACCCAGCUGUUGGAAGAAUUAAUAGUGAAGUAUCUACCGGAUGAGCUGUCUGAGAGGAAAAAAAUCUAUGAUGAAGAAACUGCCGAGCUUUCACACUUGACCAAGAAUGUCCCAAUAUUUGUUUGCACUAUGGCCUAUCCCACUGUGCCUUGCCCUCUCCAUGUAUUUGAGCCCAGAUACAGGCUCAUGAUUCGAAGAAGUAUACAGACUGGAACCAAGCAGUUUGGAAUGUGUGUCAGCGAUACACAGAACAGUUUUGCAGAUUAUGGUUGUAUGUUACAAAUUCGAAAUGUGCAUUUCUUACCUGAUGGAAGGUCUGUGGUUGACACGGUUGGAGGAAAGCGGUUUAGAGUUUUAAAAAGAGGAAUGAAAGAUGGAUAUUGCACUGCAGACAUUGAAUAUCUGGAAGAUGUUAAGAUUGAGAAUGGAGAUGAAAUACAGAGUCUGAGAGAGCUUCACGACUUGGUAUACUCGCAAGCCUGCAGCUGGUUUCAGAAUCUAAGAGACAGAUUUCGAAGCCAAAUCCUUCAACACUUUGGGUCAAUGCCUGAAAGGGAGGAAAACCUCCAGGCAACCCCCAAUGGCCCUGCAUGGUGUUGGUGGCUGCUGGCAGUCCUUCCUGUAGACCCUCGGUAUCAGCUCUCCGUGCUGUCAAUGAAGUCCCUGGAGGAACGGCUGACAAAGAUACAGCAUAUCCUGACUUACUUUUCUAGAGACCAGUCUAAGUAAUGAACUGCUUGGAUCUCACCUAGCUUGCUCUUAGCCCUGAGGCUGAGAAGCGGUUGGAUCUCAUUCUAAAGUCACCCUAAUCUGGCCCCGUUGUAGGCCAGAUUGUCCGCUGCCUUUGCACACCCAGUGCUGGUUUAGAAAUUAAGGAAACAUUUUUCUUUUUUUUUUUGUUUUUCUUCAACCUCCUGAAUCUUGUGGAUCUGCAAAUGAAUACCUUCAACUAGGUCCCAGACCACUAAGAACUUGCACAGAAAACACACAUGGAACGUGUGUUAAACCUCUA